ACGCGUCUGUGCGGCCAUACGAAAGAAACGAAAACUGCCUAGGGAAAGCGAGCAAAAAUUGUUUAUAGAAAAUUAUACAUACCACACAAAGUGUUUUCGCCCAAACAUUCAAAAUUUUAAUUUAGUAUAACUUUUGCGUUUGUUUUUGUUUUUGUUUUUUGUCCGUCGUGGUCGAGUAAGAAGCUGCGACGUGCGCUAAAUUUAGCGACCGGUGUAUUAUAGGGUGAUGUAUGCUGUAUGAAUUCGAGUCCCAGUACCAUCUGGCCACGCCUCCACGCCGCCAGCCGCCAGCCACCGCCUCUCGCUCUCGCACUCGCACGAGAAGCGCGCCCCAAAUUUGUGAUUUCAAAAUAGUAUUCAUUCAAAUUAUGUGCUCAACACAGCGAGCAAUCGAAUAGCAAUAACAACAACAACUAAAAUACAAAUAUUAAUUAAUAAAUAUUAUAGACAAUUGGGCUUUGAGUGCCUGUGAGUGACUAAGAACCAAGGACUAAAAACAAAAUGCCAGCCUCGAAUACGAUUGUGCUCAAGAGUUUGUCCAUAUUGUUGGGCCUGUUCUUCAUAUUUGUGGGCACAUUGAAGCUGACGCCGCAUAUUAGCAAGGAUCUCUAUAAGGAUCUGCGCACAGAAUAUGUGAAAUAUGCCAAGGUAUUUCCUUUGACGGCCAUGUUCGGCGUUAAGAUACCCUCGAAAUGGUAUCGACGCACCGUGGGCAUCUUGGAGAUUGUGUGCGGCCUGGCCAUGGCACUAAUACCCUAUCACAAGAUCAAGAAUGUGGCGAAUGUGUUGCUCUUGCUGCUGAUGCUGCUGGGUAUCUAUCAGCAUUGGAUGGUCAGUGAUCCCUUCGAGCGCUCUGGACCGGCGCUGGUGUUUACAUUUAUGUUGGGCGGCCGAUUGGUCGUCUGGUAUCAGACCAGUCGCAAGGAGGCCGCCGAGCUAUCGGCCGUCAAUGCACCACAGGCAAAUGGGCUCAAACAGGAAUAGAUAAAGCCAUGGAUAACUAGGUUUUUGAUCAUAUAUAUAGUCGGAAUCAUUAAUUCAACUCAUAGACGCACUUGUAAACAGCUUUCUUUUAGCACAAUUAGUUGAAAUUUUUCGAGCUCAAUUGGCGACCUUAAUACAUAACAUAUAAAAUACAAGCUAUUGACGAAACAACUCUCAUUUAUAGUU